AUGGCUGAACGGAGCCUCUCCCCGAUUCUCGCCCAGCUAAAGCAGUCUCCCCAGAUGAGCUACCCCGAGGCCAGCGCCCUCCUCUCCAAGGCCAAGCUUCUCCUCCUCAGCGUAAACGCCCUCACUCCGAAUCCCUCAGCGCCCUCGAACCUCCUCGCCCUUGCCCGGGAGACAUACGAGCAAGGCGCCCUGUUCUCUAUCCGCGCCAAGAAUGCCGAUGCCUUUACGCGCUACGUCCAGCAGCUCCAGCCCUUUUACGAGCUGCCAUCGGCGACCCUGCCUCCGAACCUCCCCGAACGCAACAAGGUUACUGGAUUAAGCUUGCUGCUACUCCUCACCCAAGGCCGCUAUGCCGAGUUUCACUCGGAGCUGGAGAGUCUGGCAAAUCGAGAUGGUGGCGGAACCGACGUCGAAGGUGAUCGUUACCUGGGAUACCCUGUUCGUCUAGAGAGGUGGCUCAUGGAGGGAAGCUAUGAUCGUGUAUGGAAGGCAAUGAAGAGCAGCGAGGUGCCAUGCGAUGAGUACAGUGUUUUCUCAGAGAUUCUCAAGAACCAAAUACGCUCUGAAAUCGCUAGCAGCAGCGAGCGAGCCUAUCCGAGCCUUCCCAUCAGCUCCACCAAGUCCUUGUUAUUCCUCAACUCAGAAGGAGAGGUUAUUCAGUUUGCCAACCACCGUGGAUGGAUAGUCAAGGAGGGCCAUAUCUACUUCCCUAGUACUACCGCUGAUGGUGAAGACGGGGCUAGUGCCAAAGACAUGAGCCAAAUGAUCAUGGAGAAUGCCUUGGGCUAUGCUCGCGAGCUAGAAACUAUUGUGUAA